CCCCGCGGCCCCGCGGCGCACACCGCCGCCCACCCGCGGCCGCCGCGCGCCCCGCCCGCUCCCAUCCCCGAGAGCUCAUCAUGACUGACUGCGAAGCUCUGGCGGAGCAGCUGCGGUGGCGCAGGCGGGAGCGGCGGGAGGAGUGCUGAAGACAGCGGCCGAACGACCGACCGAGAAGAGUGGACGCCGCGUCGGGACCGGCCCGCAGCUCCAGAAUCCUGUCUUGAGCCCCUCCUGGCACUUCAUGCACUGGUCGUUGGUGGGACUAUGAACAAGAGACACACAAUCUUUGCUUCUUCUUGGGAAAGAUGUCAAGAACCACUUGGAAGAACAAACAGUAAAGGCUGCUAAGUUGGCUAUCGCAGUGUAAGCCUCAGGGUCCCAAUGGGGGACUCAGGAUCAAGACGAUGUACCCUGGUCUCCCGGUUGCCAAUAUUCAGGAAAAGUAUUAGUAGAAGACAUGACUCUCUCCCUUCUUCACCCUCUUCGAGUAACACCGCUGGUGUCCACAGCUCCUCCCCUUCUAGCACAAACUCCAGCUCAGGGAGCAUGGGGAAACGCAGGAGCAUAUUCCGGGCUCCCUCCAUCAGCUUCCACCACAAGAAGGGGAGUGAACCUAAGCCAGAACCUACCGACCAGAACCUUAGUAUUUCCAAUGGUGCUCAACCCAGUCACAGCAAUAUGCAGAAACUAAGUUUGGAGGAACAAGUCAAAACCAGGGGAGGACAUUCUGUGGGUUUUAGUAGUUCUCGAAGUAAGAAGAUAACAAGAUCUCUGACAGAAGAUUUUGAAAGGGAAAAGGAGCCUUCAACCAAUAAGAACGUCUUUAUAAAUUGUCUAAGUUCUGGCAGAAGCGAAGGGGAUGAUUCUGGAUUCACAGAAGAACAAACUCGACGUUCUCUUAAACAGUCAACAAAGAAGCUUCUCCCCAAAUCCUUUUCAUCUCAUUCCAGAUUUUCGAAGUCAGUUCCACAGAGCCAAUCCAAGUCAUUAGUACAGCAGCCUGAGUUCUCUCUGGCGAUAGCACAGUACCAGGAGCGAGAGCCUGCCUUAGGAAGACCUUCCCCUUCUUGCUCCGCGGAUGUAACCGAGCAUGCAGGAAGUUCCUUACAAUCCCCUCUGCUUUCCACAGACCUGACCACAGCUCAAACCCCUUCCGAAUUCUUGGCCUUGACUGAAGACUCUUUGUCUGAGGCAGAUGCCUUUCCUAAAAGUGGAAGCACGGCAUCCCACUGCGACAACUUUGGUCACAAUGAUGCUACCUCUCAGCCCACCCCUGGUCUCACCGCUGUCACAAAGACAGCAAUGGAAUUUGUGGGGACUGUGCCCUGUAUGAUGAUGUCUCCUGGGAGGUACAGGCUAGAUGGCCGGUAUGGCAACGAAUUGCAUUCUUUACCAGAGACCUCUGCUGCAAACCAGGAAGAUGUGUUGCUGCAAAGCACUGGGGCCCUUGUUAGGAAUGUGAGUGACCCAGAGACCCACCUGCCAGCUGGUCAUCAAGGAGAAGAGAAACCCACUGCUGAACCAAUGCCAAGGACCAGCUCGCCCAGGAUACUGGGCUCCUAUGACCAGCACAAGUUGCUGGCUGACCGCAUUAAAGGAGUCCACCCAGUUUCAGACUCAAGAGUAAUCCCUUCAUCUGGGGAUCAUCAUGUUUUUAACAAAACAUCCUAUGGAUAUGAAGGAAGUGCUGCCAAAGUUCUUGCCAGUAGCCUCAGUCCGUAUCAUGAAGGAAGAUACAUAGAGCGGCGGCUGCGGUCCUCGUCUGAAGGGACAGCAGGGAGCAGCAGAAUGGUCUUAAAGCCGAAGGAUGGGCACGCUGAAGCCAGCAGCUUAAGAAAGCCCAGAGCCGGGUCCUCGUCCUCCAAAAUGAACAGUCUGGAUGUUCUAAAUCAUUUGGGAUCCUGUGACCUGGAUGAAGAUGAUCUAAUGCUUGAUUUAGAAUUUUUGGAAGAACAGAAUCUUCAACCCCCAGUUUGCCGGGAAGAUUCUUGCCAUUCUGUAAUGUCAUGCGCAGCUGUCCUUCUCAGCCCUGUGGACCCAACAAGAGAAAUGAAGAAGCUAGAAGAACCAAAAUGUCCUGAGCCUUCCAAACAGAGCCUUUCCCUGAAAAUAGCAAAAGACAUUGAUCAAGAAGCCCGGUGUUCCCAUGUCAGCCGAAUGCCCAACAGCCCCUCUGCAGAUUGGCCCCUGCUGGGAGUGGAGGAAAAUGGAGGUAUAGAUUCCCUGCCAUUCAGACUGAUGCUACAGGAGUGCACGGCAGUGAAGACACUGUUACUAAAGAUGAAGAGAGUGCUUCAAGAGAGUGAUGUGAGCCCUUCCAGCAGUACCGCCUCACUUCCCAUCAGCCCUCUCACGGAAGAGCCACUGCCUUUCAAGGAUAUAGUGAAAGAUGAAUGCUCAAUGCUGAAACUGCAACUGAAAGACAGGGAUGAGCUCAUUUCUCAACUACAAGCAGAGCUGGAAAAAGUACAGCAUUUACAGAAGGCUUUUGCUUCACGAGUAGAUAAAUCCACACAGACUGAACUUCUGAGCUGUGAUGGUUUAAGCUUGAAACGACUGGAGGCAGUACAAGGCGGGAGAGAGUCUACAUACCGGAAUCGAACCAUGAGCCAAAGUCUCAGCACAAGGGACAGAAAAGCAAUACAUACUCCCACCGAGGACCGUUUUAGACACUCCACAGUUGACCAGACAAGUCCCUACAAGAACAUCUAUCAACUCCCAGGUCUAUGUCUAAGCAAUUUCUUGAAGGACAAAGAACUAGGAGGAGUUAUGAAACAUUCAAGGGGUACUUACGAAGCCAUCACCUCAGAAGUGACACAGAACUCGAGGACCACUGUGGGACCAAGCAUUCUGAAGCCAGCAACGAAGACAGAAGGACUCUCCAUGACCCUGGAGAAACCAAAGGAACCAACAUCUCUAUCCCGACAGCACUCGACCUUCACAGGCAGGCUUGGACAGCCACCCAGAGGACCUAUCUCCUUACACACAUACAGCAGGAAGAAUGUUUUUCUCCACCACAAUUUACAUACCACAGAGUUUCAGACCCUGGGCCAGCAGGAUGGGUAGUUAGGUCCUUACCCUGUGAACAUGUAGAUGGCUACUGCUCCAUGUGCCAUGUAAGAGUGGUCAUGUCCAUUUUACUUGUUUCAUUUUUAGCUGUAAACAAAGACUUUUUUAUUUUAUUUCCAAGGAUGACGGUUUGAGUAUGUUGACUUACUAGGUUGGAUUGUGCAGAUUUUGAUCUCUCUAUAGUAAUACACAUGUAUAAUGAGUGGAAUCACCUUGCUGUCUGACAUAGUAUAUAAGUUAUUUAUAUUUUUUUCUGUAUCACUUGCUGAUAUGCAUUGAGAUUUCAGAUGGUAAUGUCAAAUAGCUCUCUGUUUAUGGUGUUACUAUAAAGUAGGUUAGAGGAAUGAGUAUAGAAAGGAACUGUACAGGUUUAGUUUAAAUAGUUGCUAGAAAGAGCAGAACAAACUAAAACUUAUAGUAGAUGGUGUGUUUCUUAGUGGAAUGAAGCUUGUGUGCAUGUAACAUGAGACAUCUUUGUCUCUCUAUUACAUACAUUCAAGCUUAUGGAGCUAUUGGGAGGGAAGGACCAUUUCUUUCGUUUUGAAGUGUUUAGUUACACUAGUUCACAAAGGAUAGAGAGCCACAGCUCUGCACUUUACAAAACAUUGUGUUUUUUUUUUAUUUCUACUGUUAUAUAAGUUUCACAGAGUCAGCUAAAAUUUUCCAAAUGGCACACUUUGUGGGUAUUGUCAUAGAUAAAUGAGAAUCCUUUUUCUUUAAAUUUCAAGGGUUUAGUAUUCUAAACAAUAUAUAUUCUUUUACUUCACUUUCUUUGUAUUUUCAAAAUAUUCAUUUAUUUUUAUACGCAUCUAGGUUUACUUUAUACUCACUAACCUAUGGUGUUUUAGUUAAUAAUGAGAAAAGCCCCUUAUCAUUUUGUUUUUUGUAACAGAUACAUAAACUCUGGCUAUGCACUCUACUAGAUUUGCAAAAGAAAGUAAAAUAUGUGAACUUUGGCCAUUUGAUCUGUGAAAUAAAUCACUAACGAAAAUGCUUCAAUCUCAUUUGGUGACAUACGUUAGUCUUUGACAUGUGAGGUCUGAUAUUUUGCAUAUUUAAGUGCAUAGGAGAUAGAUUAAGAGAACUAAAUAGAAAGAUCAUGUUUGUUUAGUAACAGAAGAAUAUCAAAUGGCAGUUGCCUUAGGGAAAGAUCAGGGCUAGUAACUACCCAUAUUCAGUAUGGUGGGUAUAUUGAAACUGUUAAACCUACUGCAUGUCCUGUUUUUCAUGCAUUCUCUAACAGACAGUCCCCAUCAGCAUGCACAAAUGAGAUGAACAAAUGCGAAAUGACAAGGUAGUUCUAGCAUGCCAUCUGACAAAGCUGUUAAAGUUAAACCUACCCCUAAUAUGCAUCACCUAAUAGGAAAAUGGAUUUGAACUCUACCCUUUGGGGAGAACCCUGAGAUGCCUGUCCCAGCUUUAACUACUGAAGUUUGGCUAUGUUGUACUUAUUUUAUUUUGCUGACGAAGACAUACAUCAUGCAAAUUUUCUUUGGUGUUUGCUUCACGCGUGUGUUUAUAAUUCUGUUUAAGAUUAAAAGAUACUCGAGCUUGCUGCCUAACAUUUCCAGCAUCUUCUAGAAGCUGCAAAAGUCAUGUAGAUGUGCAUUAUGAGCUGGACAAUAUUUGUGAAAUUAUAAGAAAAACGUUAGUUGUAUAAUUCAGCUUGAUUUGUACUGAGAGUUGGUUUCUAUUCUUAGAAUAUUUUAAUCUUGUAAAUACCCAAGCACGAUAAACAAAACCUGUUUGUUUGCUUGUUUUUUUCUUUUUUUUCCCUACCAAAAUAGGGAAGAAUAUGUAAAGAAAUAGGUAAUGUUUUUAAGUUGCAUUUUGAAGCUUAUGGUUAUGUUUUCUUGAAAGAUAGCUUUUGAAUUAUUCUUUGUAAGAAUUAAUCUAUUUAAAAAAUCCUGUCAUUUAAUAGACAUUUUAAGAGAUGUUUUAAACACUAGUAUUUUCUUGACAAACCUUUUUUAAAUGGAAACAUUCAAAAAGAAACCCUGCAUUAACCUGUUCAAUUUUGAAAGGGAGGGUAUUUUUGGAAUGAUCACUUUGAGACUGUUUUGUAUCAGUAUUUUCAUCAUGGUUCCAGUUUCAUUAGUAAUACCCAGUGUGACUCAGGCAUGGAGAAGUUGUAAGCCGACUGUGUUAAUGCAGGUCAAUAACAAUGGCUUGGGGUUCUGUUCAAAGUUCCUUCAUGUGGCUAUCCUAAGUCCUAACAACCUUGUGUGGGCAUUCUUUCAGAGCACUGAUUUCUUUGUACUAAAAUCUCUAGUUUUCUAAGACUGUUCCACAUAUUAAAUGGUUUUCUACAUUUCUCCAAGGCGGGACAUAUCCAAAGACAUGAUGCCAGGGAAAAAGUGCUUGUUUUUCUGAUGAAGCAAUGGUCUCCUCCUUUUUCUUCUUUGCAUGUAUUUGUGUAGGUAGCUUGAAUAACCAUGUAACACUUCUGCUGCAGACUUUUCUCAACAUAGGAAGAGUCAUUCCUUGUCUACCUGAAAUAAAUGAUUCCCACUUUUGUAAA